AUGGCCCCUGUCAGACGCAUGGGCUUUAAGAUGUACGCUGUAUUCAAGGCGGAGUGCGAGGAGGGAGCAGCACUCAUGGAGAAGGGCAGGCUGAGGGAGGCACUGGAGCAGUUUGGCGUGGUGGUCGCCAAAACGACCUUCCAGAACGAGAUGCAUGGCCGGGCGGCCAUACAACAGGCCGUGUGCCUCGACUCCCUCGCCCGGUCGGACGAGGCCAAGGCCAUGUAUGAGAGGCUGACAGGUCACCCAAACGAGGGGGUCAAGAGGAAGGCCCGUCAGAUGCUGUUUGGUUUCCAGGCAGCAGAGAAUCUUCGCUUCACCGGUGGCUCAGACUACGACUCGUCUUGGUACAAGAAAUACUUUGAUGCAUUCGCGAAGGGUUCCAAGUAUAACAAUGUCUACAAGGCAACGGAAGAGGACGAGGAGGAGAGCAGUAAACAGCUGUUGCGAGAUGCGCUGCUGUAUGGCCUCUUGUUGCUUAUGCCUGUUGUGCUUAUUCUAGGAGUGGCGGCAACAAGGAAUGCGACCUGA